AAAAGUAAUAAAUUUAUUGAGUUUUUUAUCCACAUCCAUUAAACAAAACUAAAUGAUGGUACCAAAAAAAUAAAUCACUUAGUAUAAAACUAUAAAUUCCCCUCCAUACAUUUUUCCAACAAACCAAAACAAAAGCUAAAGGACCAGUCCCAUUAAUUAAUUCCUCAACUCUUCUUCAGCUGCUUUCAUCUCUACUCUGCCUUUUGGAGUCACUAGUGUAACAUGGCUUUUCUACCAACUGCAGAGAUAUGUGACACAAACGCAGCACAUUUAUCAAGUGGUGAUUUAAGGAUACUUCAUCCAGUGUUUCAUAUGUAUGGUCAAUCUCGAGCGUUUUACGGGCCGGUUGUCACCGUAAAAGUGUUUGAAGACAAUGUGUUGGUUAGAGAACUUCUUGAAACAAAAGGAGAAGGAAGAGUUUUGGUUAUUGAUGGAGGAGGAAGCAUGAGGUGUGCUCUAGUUGGUGGGAAUUUGGUGCAGUUGGGACAAAACAUGGGGUGGUCAGGGAUUGUUGUGAAUGGUUGUGUUAGAGAUGUGGAUGAGAUUAAUUUGUGUCAUGUUGGCGUUAGAGCUUUGGGUUCUUAUCCACUUAGAUCUAAUAAAAAAGGUACUGGUGAAAAACAUGUUGCUGUUUAUGUUGGAGGAACUUUUAUUCGUGAUGGAGAAUGGCUUUAUGCAGAUAAUGACGGUAUCAUUGUUUCCAAAUUUGAGUUGUCAAUCUGAAAAAGUACUAGAUUGUAGAGGUGUAAUGUUUUUUCAAUUGAGUUUCAGCUUUGAGCUAGUUAUGUGUCAUGCUAUUUUAAAUCUCAUCAUGUAUGAAAAAUGAAAUACUAGUAAUAAUAAAUGUUUAGUGAAUAA